AUGCGUGUUGUUGUCACUGCAUCCGUGGACCCGAUGCAUGUUGUUGUUGUUGGCCGCUGCCCCACGCCCGCCUGCCGCCUCUCCGAGUACUUCUGCGACAACGGCCGCUGCGUCCCGCUCAACCGCUACUGCGACGCGGCCAACGACUGCGGCGAUGCGUCGGACGAGCCCCGCGGCUGCACGCCGUGCAACCGGACGUACUACGGCACGGUGGGCAGGACCUACUCCCUGGAGCUGCACCGGCCCAAGGAGGACCGCCUGCCCUUCCUGUGCCACCUCACCUUCACGGCGGGCGGCGGCGAGCUCGGCGACCUGGUCCAGCUGACGUUCGAGUCGUUCACGGUGGGCCGCUUCACGUCCUUCACGACGGACGGCUGCCCGGACGGCUCCAUGGCCAUCAGCGAGUCGGGGCGGCCGACGGCGGGCGGCGCGUGGUGCGGGCCUGCCUGGGGCCCGGCCGUCUACUUCUCCGAGACGCGGUCGCUGCUCGUGACGGUCAAGCUGCAGCGCCUGCACAAGGACUCCUCCGGGUACAACUUCGACUUCCGGCUGGGCUACCGCCUGCUGCCGCGCGACAGGGCCGUGGUCCGCUACGGCGGCAAGCCGCCGCCGCCGCCGCUGCCGCCACACCUGUCGGGCAUCCCGCCGGCGCAGGGCCCCGGCAACCCCUGGUGGGGCAUGGGCGUGGGCGCGACCAACGGCGGAGGCGGCAGCGGCCGUCCGGACGAGCACUACCUGGGCGACCUGAUCGCGGGCACGUACUGCUCCAGGCUGUUCUCGGACUGCGACCGCAAGCCGUGCCGCCUGCAGUCGCCCAACUUCCCCGGCGUGUACCCGCGCAACCUGACGUGCUACUACGCGGUGCGGCAGCACGAGGUGCCGGCCGGCAUGCACGCGCUGGUGACCGUGUCGCAGCCCGACGGCCAGCUCACGGCCGUGCGCAGCACCGGGCCGGCGGGGGCGUCGUCGCGGUCCAGCGCCACGCGCGGCCCCACGCGCGGCCUGCGGGUGUGGCAAGAGUGCGACGAGGUGCAGGACUACGUGACGGUGUACGACGGCUACACGACGCGCGACCCGGUGCUGCUGCGCUUCUGCGGCGGCGGCGAGCCCGUGCCGCCUGUCACGUCGUCGGGCCCCGAGCUGCUCGUCGAGUUCUCCACGUCGGCCUUCGGUUGCCUGGAGCAGCCCGGGCCGCUGCAGCCUCUCCACGGCUUCCAGCUCGAGGUGCAGGUGCAGUUCGUGGACGCGCGCUCGCCGCAGUACUCCAAGGGCAAGCGCUGCGAGCUGUGGGUGCGCGGCGCGGGCCGCGGCCUGCUGGAGUCGCCGCGCCACUCGCUGCCCAGGAACGCCACGUGCCUGUUCCACCUGCAGGGCCCGCCCGCCCGGUUCCAGCCCGCGCCCUGGAGGUCCAACGCCGCCCUGCCGCCGCCCAGGUUCCGCGUCUGGCUGUCCGUGCUCAAGUUCCACGUGACCACGGGGCUGGACGCCUCGCCCACCACCCAGGUGCGGAUGGAGGAGAGCUGCGCGUCGCAGCUGCGCGUCUGGGACGGCUCCGCGCCCCUCAACUCGGACGGGUCGCCGGUGCCGUCGUCGCUGGGCAACACGUCGCUGCUGGCGCGCUACUGCAAGGACCGCGUGCCGCGGUCGUGCGACCACGGCCUGCUGACGGCGCCCAACCGGUCGGCGGCGCGCGGCCCGCGGCCGUGCUCGCUGGCCGAGAGCUUCCUGAGCUCGGGCGACGCGCUCACGCUGGAGCUGCGCACCGUCGAGUCCACGGCGCUGCGGCCCGUGUCGUUCCGCGCGCUCUACGAGUUCGUGGACCUGCACCAGGACGGCCUGCCGUACCCGGAGGCGCCGGGGCCGUGCUCGCGGCGCUUCAUCGUGCCGGGCAUGCUGCAGCCGCAGACCUUCCAGUCGCCCAGGGACGUGUUCCUGUUCGGCCGCGGCGGCGCCGCCAACCUCAGCUGCGUGUACCGCUUCGAGGCGCAGCCCGGCGAGCACGUCCGGCUCACGCUGACGCGGGUCAUGAUGGGCGGCCGGGCGUGCCGCACGCGCGAGGUGCCCGAGCUGCGGCGCCUCUACUGCGCCGGCGACAACUCCCUGACGGUGCGCGUGCUGGAGGAGGUGUGGCCCGGACGGCCGCUCAUCCCCAGGGACUGCCUGUGCUCCGGCGACCACAUGCCCUACACGUUCAUCUCCUCCUCGCCCGUGGUGGAGAUCCACUUCACGGCGCUCAACAUGGACGCGGCCGACGACUUCCGCAAGAUCAACAUGAUGGGCGCGUGGACGUCGGUGCGCCAGGACCCCUGCACGCGGCCGCGCCGCCUGGCCGGGCCGUCGGGGAGCAUCCAGCUGGGGCCGGGCAACGCCGUCCCCGCCGGCGCGGCCUCCACGCCGCACUCGUCGGAGCCGUGCGACGGCGUGCCCUGGCUGGUGGAGCCGGCCGCGGGCCGCUACCUGUACGUCACGGUGCGCGGCGUGGCCAUGCACCCCAACGACACCAAGACGUGCGCCACCAAGAACCGCGUCUCGCUGCACGCCGGCAGGAGGAGCCUCGUCGUGUGCCCCGAGCCCGCCUACGGCUACGCCCGCCAGAUCGAGGUGGUUUCGGAAGGCUGGGUGGUGGCGGGCGAGCCUCCGUUCACCGGCUCGGACGACGCGUCUCGCAGCGUGGCCAUCGAGUUCAUCGGCAACGACCCGGGCUCCUACUUGGUCAGCUGGCUCGAGCUGUCGCGCAGGCCGCUGGAGCCGCCGUCCGUGGGUGUGUCUCUGGAGGCGCUGGAGCUGUGCCGCCACCGCUGCCCCGAGCUGGACGCCUGCAUCAACGCGUCGCUGUGGUGCGACGGCACGUCCCACUGCCCGUCGGGCUACGACGAGGCCGCCACGCACUGCUGGGUGCUGCUGCAGCUGCCCGUGCUGCACCUGUUGGCCGGUAGCAGAGGAAAGAGGUCUCUAGAGUCUAGAGAGUCUUAG